CCUUGAUCGCGUGUGUAGGUAAUUCAUUUUUGAAGGGUCUGGAAAAUUGGAUAAAUUGGUCUGAAAAACCUAAAAAAAAUCAGCAAAAAUCAUUUCCGAACAAGAGUGGAUACCCUAGAUUACUUGUGAAGAGAUUAGAGAGACUCCAAAACGAUAGGUAGGUACAUAAGUACGUGUACUGUACCUGUCAUUUAUUAAGCUCUAAACUACGCUCGUCGCUAGUUUCAUAAAGACCUCAUGUAUGGUAAAUCGGUUCAAUGUCUGAGUCACAUCGUACACAGCAUUACCUACUUGCAGAUAAUUAUUUGCACGUAUCUUAACUUACAUAAGUUAGUCUCGCGUUAUCAUCGCGGUGUAAUUAUUAUAUGUAUGUAGUUACAAAGAGGCAUGGGAAGUUUGUUUUUUUUACAAGUGUUUUCGAAAGCUCACUAGCUUUCGUUGUUGUUUUAUCAGCGAUAAAAUGUGUAGGUAUAAAAAUCGAAUUUGCGUUGUGUUCUCGUUCAUUAAAACGUACCUAUGCGAGUUGCUGAGACAUAGUUUAUCGAAGAGGAAAAAACAACGUUUAAAAUGAAAGUAUUUGGUUUUUGGAUUUCGUUGUUGAUUUUGACAGUGAUUUCAAAAAUUCCACGUAGCGAUGGAGCUAAAAUCUUGGGAAUAUUUCCGUAUCCUCUCAGGAGCCACUUUGCCAGUACUAGUUCUGCAAUGAAAAGUUUGGUAGAUGCUGGACACCAAGUUACUAUCGUUUCUCCAUUCGCUCGUGACCUUGCAAAAGAUAAUUAUACUUCGAUCAUCGAUUUAUCGGAUUCGAUACCUAUUAAGAUAGGUACAGGAUCGUUCGGGCAGCAUAAAAAAGGUGGUCCUUAUAGCGAAAUGCACAUACCCUUCAAUUCUGAAAAAAAUCUCUGCAGUAAGGUGAUGGAUUCUAAAGCAUUCCAGGAAUUAUUUUUCUCGCAAGAAUCAUUCGAUGUGGUGUUUGUCGAAGUGCACGUGUUUUACAAAUGCUAUCUGCCAAUAGCGAAAAAAAUGAACGCCCCUGUGAUCGGUAUCACCACAGUGAGAUCUUGGAGUCUUGGAGACUUGGCAACUGGAAAUCCUCAUCAUGUAGCCGACGUUCCAGCUGAAUCAAUAUCAGGAUGGAGAUUCGACGAUAUUUACUAUCGUCUAAUUAAUUUAUACAAUUACGUGACUGUGUGGUAUUUUUGGAGGUUUGAUGUGGUUCCUGUUUUGAAGAAGUUCGAGCAAGAUUACGCCCAUAUGUUGGGUCCAUAUCAAGGAUAUUUAGAAAUCGAGCCAGUAUUGAUGUUUUAUAAUGGUCAUCAUAGUAUUUUACCCAGAGCAAAUAAUCCGAAUGUCGUUGAAAUUGGUGGAAUACAAGUUGGACCUGCGAAACCACUGCCUCAGAAAAUUCAAAAAUUUAUCGACGAAGCGGAUCACGGAGUAAUUUUGUUCACUUUUGGUUCGUUCGUGAAAGUGAGUUCGAUGCCAGCCAAUGUAGUGAAUAUUUUUCUGAAUGUGUUCGCGAGUAUACCUCAAAGAGUGCUAUGGAAAUUCGAAGAUCCCUUGCAAAAUGUACCAGAUAAUGUCAUGUUGGUGGAUUGGCUUCCCCAAAGAGAUAUUCUAGAACAUCCGAAUGUCAGAGCUUUCAUCAGCCAUUGCGGACUUAGUGGAAUGUACGAAGCUGUCUAUACAGCCACUCCAGUCAUUUCUUGUCCUUUGAUGUUUGAUCAACUAGCUAAUGCGGCCAUUUUAGAACAUGUAGGUGUCGCUGUACACUUAGAUAUCGACUCCCUUACAGAAGAAUCCCUAUUGAGCGCCAUUAAUUCGGUAUUUAACGACACAAGGUAUAUGCAAUGGAACAAGUAUUAUGAUAAAAUGCAGAAGGUAUCGCAAGCUUUUAAAGAUAGACCACUCACUCCGCCACAAAGUGUGGUAUAUUGGACCGAAUAUGUGAUUAAAUACAGACAUACUUUGAAUUUAAUGCCUCCCUCUGGCAAAUUGAAUUGGUUCCAGUAUCAUUUGUUUGAUAUUUUUUCGCUCCUUAUUGGCGUUAUUUGUCUCAUCUGUUUCUUACUUAGUUUGAUUGUCAAUGCUUUAAUAAAUUAUGUCAAUCGAAAAUUCGAUUUAUAUUUUGGUCUGAAAAAUAAAUCAGUUUGAUCGAAAAAUCAUAUUAUUUUAUUUAUCAAGGUGUGAAAUAUCAAACACUGCGUCAUUUUACACUGGAUUGCCCGAUUUGAAUGGUAUCCAUUUAAGGAGCAUGUUAUGAAAUCUUGGUGACAUUAAUUUUUAUGUUUCCAUGUUUAUUUUUGAACUAUUUGUCCUUGUGUAUAAAUGAUGAAUUUUUGAAUUAAUGGUAAAAAUUCAAAAAAUCUUUGCUCUGUGUGCGAUUAGUCUGGACCAUGUCUGAGUGCCAGUUUAAUCGAUGAGUAAAUUCUGAAGAAAAAAAAGGCAAAUCAUUGAUUGAGGUACAUUAUCCUGUUCAAUUUACGAAACUGCUGUACUCAAGAUUAACCUCUUUUAAAAGCUAUAUCCUGGAGCCUGCAGCAAGUUUUCUAUUCUCUCCAAGAAUUUAAAAUUUCUUCGAAUUGAUCGAAAGUAAUAACCUUUAAUGCAUAAGCCUUUAACGGGUGAUUUAUAGAGACCCUUUUGUCUAUAAAAAAUUGAAUCGGAAAAUCAAUGGUGUGGCCGGAUUUUUUCUCCAAAAGGUUGCAAAAUGUUUGCUGAAAAGGCUGAUGAGUAUAUUUUUAUUCAAAUUGACACGAGUGAAAUGUCUUACAAAAAAUGAUCCUUUUUGUUUUUUUGGUAAGAACAAUAUUUGACUUUACAUUUCUGGUGUCGAGAAUGGCGCUUUUUCUUUAGCUACGUCACUGCUUGGAUUUUGAAAUACUGUUUUGAUUUCAAGUACAUAGGUACUCGUAUUGGUAAAAACUGUAUUCUGAAGUGGUUUUAUAUUGAUUUUCGUUGAAUUUGAUGUCAUUCGUUAAAAUCAUGGGAUGUCAUGUUUAAAAAUAUCUUAUGUCAAGAUGUCUUAAAAGUUUCCAUGUUUAUGUUGAUUUUGUGUGCACAUUGUAAAUCUAGUCUUGAACAUUUUUAUGACGGCGAAAGUUGCAGCAAAUUUACACGAGGUUAGUGUCAGCUUAAAUAGUUUAGAGUGCGGUGAACGACAAUUUCCUCUGCGAAUUCCUAUUUCUUUGCUGAAAAAAUAAUGUGAAGCUAUGAGAUUUCUAAUUUCUAUCGAUGUGCUUAUUUCAAAUUUUUGAUUGAUUAUUGCCUAUACAAGGAAAGUAUUCCAAUCAGUAAAACAAUUUUGAACUCAGGGGCAAAAAAAAUUGAUAAGAGGACCCUAAAAUACACCGCCAGCCAAAAUCUUAGCUGCUGAAAUUCAUUUUUCGAUUUUUAGAGAAUUUUUGAAAAUUCAAACUUGAGUCAAAAAUGAGGAAAAAUUAUUUCACCAAAACGGACCUAGAAAGUUGAAAUUUGAAUUGUAGACCUACCUUAUUUUCGACCUCCCGGGUCAAUUGGUGAUGAUUUCGAAUCGCUCAAGCCUCCAGUGGAUUUCUGGAUUCUCUAGUUUUUGAAAAAUGAACGUUGGAAGUAGGAUGAAAAGAAAUUCAGCUGCAUUUAACAUCUUUGUGACCUACUUGACCGAUGCAGGAACAAAUCUUCAAAAUGUUUUGGUGUUAUGUAGCUCAAAUCCAAAAUUUUCUCCAGAGAUUAUUUUCAAAAUAAAUGAGAAAAUCAUCGUUCUCGAACGCCUAAACGGAAAAGAUAUUUCACUAGUGAAUAUUUAGUAAAAAAAGGUUAUGAAAAAAUAAAAAAAAUCAAUAAUGCUUUCAUUUGUAUUGUUUUUUUAAAAAUAAUUUUGAUUGAAAUUAAAAAAUAUGUACUUGAUAUCUGUGCUGAUCCUAUGCCUGUAUGGUGCUGUACAUGGCGCAUUUAUUUAAUUUUAUUUCAUGUUAUUUAAUUUCAUUAUUCAUUCUUUUAUAUACUAUUGAUCAUUUCCUACACUGUUAGUACAUAAGUCGACUUUGUAAAUGCAGCAACGCUGCCUAUUGCAAAAAAUAAAGUUGAUUUGAUUUGA